AUGACAUCCAAUUCAACCCUCACAACCGAACCAAACGACCUAACUUCCCACCUCCUAACUUCCCACCAAAAACGCUACACAACGAUCUCCAUCCCCUCAACCUACGGCCACCUCCACGACAGCCCGGCAGCAGGAACAGUCGUAGGAAUCGUGCUGGGCAGCGUAGCAGGCUUCGUCCUGCUAAUGUACGUCCUCUUCCUAGCAGUGAACCCAGGCGGGAUCGCUCGAGGCGCAAGCAGCGGGCCCACACCAACAGUCUCGUCGUCAUUAUCAAUGGACGAAGAAGAGAUCGUCGAUGUACGAGCGAGCCGGCGGCCAUCUCGACGUCGGCACAGCGAUAAUACUAUCGAGGUUAUGGAGGAGCGGGAGACAUUCCGGGAUAGCUAUCGGCGCCGGCCUUCGUCGAGACAUGAUCGGAUUGUUGUUGAGGAAUCACUUGCUACUUCUACUUCUGGGGGUGGGGAUGUCGUUGAGGUUUUGGAGGAGGAGAGUAGUGUUCCUUCUGAUAUUUCGCCGCGGCCGGCAAGAAGGUCGAGGAGGGGAGUUAGUCAUGUUGAUCCUUUGGCUUAUGGGGGUGGAAGUCAGUAUAGUCGGAGGUCUUAG